CCGCUACGGUGGCUCAGCACGCAGAGUUCCCCGGCGCGGCCAGGGCGUUCAUGGCGCAGCCAAGGUAUGAUGAUGGCGGGCUGCACGGGAAUUAUCUCGAGGGCGCCGGGGGUGGUGGAGGUGCAGGAAUGUACGACCCCCACGGAACCGGCCGAGGGAUCUCAAGCCUGCACCACAGCCCUCACAUGGGUAUGGCAGGAGUACACCCUCAGUACCCGCCACCUCCGCCCCAACCAUCUCAGCAUGUUCUUGCAGCGGCAACAGCAUUAGCCGCCUCGCAAGUGACUACUGAUGUUCACAAACGUGACAAAGACGCCAUUUACGGACAUCCGUUAUUUCCAUUGCUCGCAUUGAUAUUCGAGAAAUGCGAAUUGGCAACAUGUACACCCCGAGAACCUGGAGUAGCGGGUGGCGACGUUUGUUCGUCUGAAAGCUUCAAUGAGGACAUUGCAGUUUUCUCUAAACAGAUCAGGGCAGAGAAACCUUACUACAUUGCUGACCCGGAGGUGGAUUCCUUGAUGGUACAAGCAAUCCAAGUCCUCCGGUUUCACCUCCUCGAGCUUGAAAAGGUCCACGAACUGUGCGACAACUUCUGCCACCGGUAUAUCAGCUGUCUGAAGGGCAAGAUGCCGAUCGACCUGGUGAUCGACGACCGAGAGAGCUCGAAGCCGCCAGAGCUGGGAAAUGGGCUGGAUGGUGGACCCCGGAGUACAGCCGACAGCACUAGCCACACAGACGGUGCCAGUACACCAGACGUUGUGAGUACCUCACCAUCGUCAACAUCUUAUUAUCCGCACGACGCGAUCACCCCCCACCACCAUCACAACCACCAUCACCAUGCCAUCGGCAGUACCACCCCCUUGCAAUUGAGCCAAAACCAAAGCCAAAAUCACCCGUCGCAGCAGUCGAACAACAAUAACACCACUACCCCAAGUAGCGCCGCCACAACUCCCAACUCCCAUAAGCGUUCGCACCAACAGAUGAUGAUGGCAGCCGCGAUGGCCACCUCGCCGCACGCCACCUCCGCGCCCCCUGCGCAUUCGCAUUCGCACGUCGCCCUGACCGCCUACUCAUGCCACUCUUCGACCGUUGUCUAUCCGUGUUCUCUUGCUUUACAUAACAUU